UUGUACUCCAUCUCGAAAUUCAUCUAAUUCGAGCAGAUUAGCUUGAUUAAGGGUUUUUAUUUUUAUAAUUUUGUCAAUAUUACGUUUUCUGCAGCUUGAGCCCGUUGAAUUCUGCCCCCAAAAUUUCAGAGGAAGAAUAAAUGAAGAAUCUGAUAUCUGCAACUCUAAAUACAACAUUUCAGUGUGUGCAUCAUGAAAUCGCUGAAAUCAAGGUCCAGUUGCCUAGUUUGUAAAGUCGCCUACCGUCAUAGAGAAAGUAUGGAAAUUGCAUCAGGGGUUAAUGUCAAACAACUGCUGAAAACAUACAAUUUGUUUUCUGUCAUUCUUCAGAAGAAACUGAGGCUGCAGGUGAGAAGAUCCAUUACAUUAAUGGCAAGCCUGUUGCUCAAUAUUGCAGUGGUAGCUCCGUGGUCAUACAUUCACACGAGUAUUGCACUGAUUACCUGCAUAUUGCAUCACAAAUUAGUUAUUUGUUGUUCUGCUCUCACAGUUGAAGAGAAGGACAUUGUUUCUGAAUUUGAGGAGUCAUCUGGAGUUACAGUGUUGAAGAAAUGGAAUUCAAGUAUCACGCAUGUCAUUGCAUCUACAGAUGAAAAUGAAGCAUGCAGAAGAACACUCAAAAUUUUAAUGGGUGUCUUGGAGGGGAUGUGGAUAUCGAAUAUUGCAUGGGUCAAGGCUUGCCUGAAGUCCAUGGAACUGGUUGAUGAAGAAAAUGUGAAAUGGCCGUGGAUUCUCUGGGGGACGGUCCAUGACUUGGAAGACUAAGACUUCUAAACAAGGUUUUCAUCUCCUAACCUAGUCAGUUUUAUCCUGAUCAGCAACCAAAACUUUUUGAUGGGUUUAAAUUCUACCUGAUGGGAGAUUUCGUACCCUCAUAUAAGGGAUAUCUACAAGACCUACUAAUUGCUGAUAGUGGAACCAUUCUACACAGGAAGCCCAAUUCAGGAGAUCAAAUCAAAGAGUCCCAUUGUCCAGCUCCUCUAUACCUUCAACCUACAUAGUUUACAGCCUCCAAUUGCCCCAUAAUUAUGAUCCCAGCCAAAAAGAUACAAUCUUGAACCAGAGGCAAUCCAAUGCAGAGACACUGGCAACUUCAAUCAGACCCAAAGCGGUAAGCAAUUCCUGGCUCCUGAACUCCAUUGCUGCAUUCAAACUACAAAAAUUUCCCUAUAAUAAUUAAGGAAAAUGUAU